GCGAGCUACGGUUUCAGACAGUCUUCUCCCAACACGGGCAAGGUCAGCGGCUAAGGACCACAGUCGGCUAAGGGAUCUGGUUUUGCAUUUCAGAAAGUCGCAGGACGAGACGGGCCAGAGAUGCCGCCCCCGACAGGAGGUCCCACCGUCACCCCGCCGGACGGGGGCUGGGGCUGGGCCGUGGUGCUCGGCUCCUUCAUCUCCAUCGGCUUCUCCUACGCCUUCCCCAAGGCCAUCACCGUCUACUUCAAGGACAUCCAGCAGAUCUUCGACGCCUCGUACAGCCAGAUCGCCUGGAUCUCCUCCAUAAUGCUGGCCGUCAUGUAUGCUGGAGGGCCCAUUAGCAGCAUCCUGGUGAACACCUACGGCUGCCGGCCCAUCAUGAUGAUGGGGGGCUGUCUGUGUGCCGUGGGGAUGAUCUCGGCCUCGUUCUGCAACAACGUGGUGGAGCUGUACGUCUGCAUCGGCGUGAUCGGAGGUUUGGGCCUGGCCUUCAACCUCCAGCCGGCCCUGACCAUGAUCGGCAAGUACUUCUUCAAGAAGAGGCCCAUCGCCAACGGCCUGGCCAUGGCAGGCAGCCCUGUGUUCCUCAGCACCCUGGCGCCGCUCAACCAGUACCUCUUCAACACCUUCGGCUGGAGGGGCAGCUUCCUCAUCCUGGGCGGCCUGCUGCUCAACUGCUGCGUGGCGGGGUCCCUGAUGCGGCCCCUGGGCCCGCCCCCCGGCCAGAAGGCGGUGGAGGCCCCGCCGGCCGCGGCCCCGUCGCAGAAGAAGGGCGCCUACGCCACGCUCAACAAGUACCUGGACCUGUCGCUGUUCCGGCACCGCGGGUUCCUCAUCUACCUGUCCGGCAACUGCAUCAUGUUCCUGGGCUUCUUCGCCCCCAUCGUGUUCCUGGCCGCCUACGCCAAGGACACGGGCGUGGACGAGUACUCGGCCGCCUUCCUGCUCUCCAUCCUGGCCUUCGUGGACAUGUUCGCCCGGCCCUCCAUGGGCCUGCUGGCCAACUCGCGCUGGAUCCGGCCGCGGAUACAGUACUUCUUCAGCUUCGCCGUGCUGUACAACGGCGUGUGUCACAUCCUGUGCCCGCUGGCGGAGGGGUACCGCGGCCUGGUCAUCUACUCCAUCUUCUUUGGCUUCGCCUUCGGCAUGGUCAGCUCCGUGCUGUUCGAGACGCUCAUGGACCUGGUGGGCGCGCCCCGCUUCUCCAGCGCCGUGGGGCUGGUCACCAUCGUGGAGUGCUGCCCCGUGCUGAUCGGGCCCCCGCUGGCAGGCAAGCUGGUGGACGUGACCAAGAACUACAAGUACAUGUACUUCUGCUGCGGGGCGGUGGUGAUCUUGGCCAGCAUCUGGCUGUUCAUCGGGAACUUCAUCAACUACCGGCUGCUGGAGCGUGAGCGCCGGGAGGCGGAGAAGCUGAAGCAGCUGGAGCCGCAGGGCAAGGCCGACCCGGACGCCGAGGCCUCGGAGAAGCUGUGCGCGCAGGAGGAGGACGGUGCUGCCACGCAGCGCGAGACCAACAUUUAG